UUGUCUAUUUGUCCAUUUGCAAAUCAGGUACGGUAAAACUGCAACCGCCCCUAAUUGAAGCUUUGCUAGAAGCUUAAAUUGGUAUGUAAAGUGGGUAAUUAGAAGCAAUAUAUUAUCUAUUAACUGUAGAUUUAUCCUGAUGUUUCAAACCGCCGUUUAGAACGCCUGUGUUCCACCUAGCAACUGUUUUGUAUGCAUUUCUGUAAAAGACGUAUAUUUAACAGGAAUCAUACUGGAAUUUUACCUAAGAAGUGAAGGUACUAGUACUACCAAGGCUUAUUGGAAGUGCGCAACAUAGCUUUCACAGAAUCUUGAUUACCGACGAUUUCAAAUAAUAUGGAUACACUUGGACCAGCAUUAACUAAAGUGAGACUUAGACUUCCCAGUCUGGAUAUUCCAGAUUCAAAGGGCACCGACUACCCGAAGAAUUUAUAUUCCGCAAUCGACAGGAUUUCUUUUCUUUGUGGUCAAGCUAAACUCAGCAAAAAUAGAUCUUGGAUCUUGCGAUUUGCCUAUUCUUUAUAUAGCUAUACGUUGAUCAUAAUCGCUAUAAUGUUUAUCAUUUCCGAAAUUAUUACGUUCAGAAAGAGUUUAACCGAGCUGACCACCGUGCUGAGUGAGAUUGGAAUGAUGUUUACUCAUUUAGUAGGGAUGGUUAAGUUUUGGAUUUUAAUUCACAAACGAGAUGAAAUUGAGCAGGUGAAAAACAAGCUGCGAGAUGUUCAGUUCGAGUAUGUGGGUAUUGAUGAUUUUCAGCCUGGCUUGAAGAUGAGAAAGGAAAAACUCUUUAUAAUAAUUAUAUCGACGUUUAUUUUUGCACUUUACAAUUUUGUGGGCAUCUCAGCUCACAUUAGUGCCGCCUCAAUGAUGUACAAAUAUACGGCAAAUGGGAAUUUUCUUGGCAAUACCACUUGCGAAACUUUCGUACCGUAUUAUUUCUACUAUCCAUUUGAUGUUAGCAGCCCAAGUAGUUGCCAUUACUUAUUGUUCUAUAUGGACUUGUCUUUGGAUAUUUACGCCAGUUAUAUUGCCACAUUUGACUCGGUGUUUGUAAUUUUGCUUAAUCUUCUGGCCACUCAAUUGAAUAUUCUGGGAGACGCUUUAAGAACAAUCAGAAAAAGGUGCGUAAAACGACUGCAGAUGAAAGUCGAUUCCAGUUCUUUGUAUGACGCUGAUAACCCUUUACUGGAAAAUGAAAUGUACAAUGAGCUCACCCAUUGUACCAAGCAUCUCUAUCUACUGUUGGAAGUAGGCAAUGAUAUAGAAAGUAUUUUCACAUUUCUUACACUGCUUCAAACUAUAGCCUCCCUCUUAAUAUUCGCUUCAUGCCUAUUUGUAGCUGCAAGGGUAAAACCAACAACACCGAUUUUUUAUUCACAACUAGAAUACUUUUCUGCAGUUUUGUCGCAAUUAACCGUCUAUUGUUGGUUUGGAAACGAGAUUACACUUGCAAGCUCCGCAAUACCAUAUUCGAUAUACAGUAGUGACUGGUUCAGUAGCAGUGAAAGAUUUAAAAAGUCCAUGCUGUUAACAAUGGCGCGAUUGCAAAGGCCUUUGUAUGUUUCUAUUGGAAAGUUUACUCCGCUGGCUCUUACAACCCUUUUGAGUGUUAUCAAAGGAUCAUUUUCUUAUUUCACUUUAUUCCAAAGCGCUGGAACCGAUUAAGGCAUACCAUCUAGAGCCGAAACGAUUACAAUGAAAUUGGAGUAAAAAGUCACCAUUUUAGUUGUAGACAAAUCUCAGAUUUUGCAGAAAUUACACGAGCAAGCUGAA